GUACUGGUAUCUCGGGCCUCUAAAAACCAAAGCAGCUCACUUCUUCAGCACUCUUAAGGAGUGGCCUCAGACACAUCAAGCGUCUAUCUCGUACACGGGACCUACGGAGAGACCUCCCAGGGCAGCAGACGAGACCCCUCCGCGGCCAUCUUUGUACAGGAGAAUAUUACGCAGGCUCGCGUCAUACUGGGCACAGCCGCAGGACGCCCUCUCCCAAGAGGCGAGCCCCGAGGCCUGGAAGGAAGUGCAGCUGUCCACCAUCGAACUGUCCAUCACGACGCGGAACAGUCAGCUUGACCUGACGAGUAAAGAAGACUUUAUGAACAUCUGCAUUGAACCCGACACUGUCAGCAAAGGAGACUUCAUAACUAUAGGAAGCAGAAAGGUGAGGGACCCCAAGCUGCGUGUGGCCGGCACCGAGUGUCUCCAGGCCAGCCAGUGCACUCUGCUGCUUCCUGAGGGAACGGGGGGCUCCUUCAGCAUUGACAGUGAGGAGUACGAGGCCAUGCCCGUGGAGGUGAAGCUGCUCCCCAGGAAGCUGCAGUUCUUCUGCGAUCCCAGGAAGAGGGGACAGCUGCUGCCCAGCGCGGCCCCGUGAGCCGUCGGGGGAGCCGGCCGCCCCCACGCUGCACUUUAGGCCUCGGAUGGGACCACAAGGGAACUGAAGCCUCCCCUGUCCCCGCAGUGUUGUCACAGGACCCCAGGGCACCUCCAUGGCAAGUACCCUGCCCUCGCAGUGCUCCCCCCGCCGUCCUCCGAGCCUCCCGCUAGCGCAUGCUCAGCCUUGGCUGUGCGCCUUGCUCCCUCCUCCGUGGUGGUUUGCCUCAGGUGCGACCCAGCCCGGAGAGAAGGCGC